UUUGCUCGAGCAGAGUCGAGUUGCCCGUAGCUCGGCUAGGGUAGAGCUGAUUUUUAGUAUAAUUCAUUUAAAUAAUGAUUUUUAUGAGUUAACAGUUAUUAUUUUAGUAUCAGUGAUUAGUGUUUUGUUUGUAAAUCUUAAAUACAUUAGUUUAGCAGUCACUGAUGUGGUGUAAUCUCUAUUUCCCGUUUCGUUUUACCAAUCUAAUCUAAACAGAAAAUGGCCGACGGUGUUGGUGCGGGUGUCUCCUUUGUUUAGUGCUGAAUUCUAGUGAAAAUAAGUAUUAAAAGGAAUAAUGCCUAGUGCCUCGUUUUCCUCUUCGCGUUCUUACGUUCGCAGAUCGCGAAGAAAAGGCGGACAUCGAAUACCAUUGCCUUCUAGGACACAAUCGACGGAGCCAUGUGAGUCAGUCCCGUGCCCCAACAACGUGACCGGCAGCGCCAUGGCUGCCACAGCUUGCGCGGGCCCCAGCGGCAGCGGCGGCGGUGGCUCGCCGCCCGUGCCCGCCGCCGCGCCCGCCACCACCGCCGGCCACCACAGUCCGUACGACCUGCGCCGCAAGAGCCCGCCCGCCUACCACGAGCCCGGGCCUUCGGGUACUUGCUCACUGCCGGCCAGGAAGAGGCCUAGGACAUCAUUGUCACAAGGCGUGGACGUAUGCAACGUAUCUCAGUACCUCCAGUAUGAAUUGCCCGACGAGGUGCUUCUGUGUAUCCUGUCGCACCUCACCGAGCGCGAUCUGUGCCGCGUGGCGCAGGUCUGCAAGCGGUUCAAUACCAUCGCCAAUGAUACUGAGCUAUGGAAAAGCCUAUACCAAUCGGUGUUUGAAUACGACAUGCCAUUGAUGCACACCGCGCCGUGCCAGUUCGAGUUCAUGACGGCGGACGAGUGCGACGCCGACAACCCCUGGAAGGAGAGCUUCAGGCAGCUGUACUACGGCAUUCACGUGCGACCCAACUACCGUCCCAAGAAGGACUCGCGGAUCAAGCAUUUUAAUACUAUUAGAGCCGCUCUGGAGUAUGUGGAGGAGCGCGGCGGGUCCACGCCGACCAGCAGCAGCGGCAGCUCGCCCUGCGCGGCCGGGGCGACGGCGGCGGCGACGGCGACGGCGGGCGCUAGCACCGCCGCGGCGUGCGCGUGCGCGGGCGCCGGGCCGUGCGCGUGCCGCCGCGCGCAGCAGCCCAAGCCCGCGCUCGUGUUCGUGCACCAGGGGCUCUACCAGGAGGAGUGCCUCGCCAUCGACACCGACGUGCAGCUCAUUGGUUGUGCCGCUGGCAACGUGGCCGAGUCGGUAGUACUGGAACGCGAGGCGGAGUCGACGCUGACGUUCGCAGAGGGCGCCAGCCGCGCGUACGCGGGCCACAUGACGCUGAAGUUUUCACCCGACGCUACCAGCACCAUGCAGCACCACAAGCACUACUGCCUGGAGGUCUCCGAUAACUGCUCUCCCACCGUUGAUCAUUGCAUUAUUCGGAGCGCCAGUGUGGUGGGUGCAGCGGUGUGCGUGAGCGGAGCGGGCGCCAACCCGGUGAUCAAACACUGCGACAUCAGCGACUGCGAAAACGUCGGUCUCUACGUCACGGACUACGCGCAGGGCGCCUACCAGGACAACGAGAUCUCGCGCAACGCGCUCGCCGGCAUCUGGGUCAAGAACUUCGCCAACCCCAUCAUGCGCCGCAACCACAUACACCACGGUCGCGACGUCGGCAUAUUCACAUUUGAGAAUGGAUUGGGCUACUUUGAAGCAAAUGAUAUUCACAACAACAGAAUCGCCGGUUUCGAAGUGAAAGCCGGCGCCAACCCCACCGUAGUGCACUGCGAGAUCCACCACGGCCAGACGGGAGGCAUUUACGUGCAUGAGUCCGGGCUCGGCCAGUUCAUAGACAACAAGAUACACUCGAACAACUUCGCGGGCGUGUGGAUCACCUCCAACAGCAACCCGACCAUUCGUCGCAACGAGAUUUAUAACGGCCAUCAGGGCGGCGUGUAUAUAUUCGGCGAGGGCCGGGGGCUGAUUGAGCACAAUAAUAUUUAUGGAAAUGCUUUGGCUGGAAUUCAGAUCCGCACAAACAGCGACCCGAUAGUCCGGCACAACAAGAUCCACCACGGGCAGCACGGCGGCAUCUACGUGCACGAGAAGGGCCAGGGGCUCAUCGAGGAGAACGAGGUGUACGCCAACACGCUCGCCGGCGUCUGGAUCACCACCGGCUCCACGCCCGUGCUGCGCCGCAACCGCAUACACUCCGGCAAACAGGUUGGCGUAUAUUUCUACGACAACGGCCACGGAAAACUAGAAGAUAACGACAUUUUCAACCACCUAUACUCUGGCGUUCAAAUCCGAACCGGCAGCAACCCGGUCAUCCGCGGCAACAAGAUCUGGGGCGGGCAGAACGGCGGCGUGCUCGUAUACAACGGCGGCCUAGGGCUGCUCGAACAGAACGAGAUCUUCGAUAACGCCAUGGCGGGUGUGUGGAUUAAGACUGACUCCAACCCGACGCUCAAGAGAAAUAAGAUUUUUGAUGGGCGCGAUGGAGGAAUUUGUAUUUUUAAUGGAGGAAAGGGAGUAUUGGAGGAGAACGAUAUAUUUCGCAACGCGCAAGCGGGCGUGCUGAUCUCAACUCAGAGCCACCCGGUGCUGCGGCGCAACCGCAUCUUCGACGGGCUCGCGGCCGGCGUCGAGAUCACCAACAACGCCACCGCCACGCUAGAACACAACCAGAUCUUUAACAACAGAUUUGGAGGCCUUUGCCUAGCAUCUGGCGUGUCGCCAUUAAUACGAGGCAACAAAAUAUUUAGCAAUCAAGACGCCGUGGAGAAGGCGGUCGGCGGCGGCCAGUGCUUGUAUAAGAUAUCGUCGUACACGUCGUUCCCCAUGCACGAUUUCUACAGGUGCCAGACUUGCAACACGACAGACCGCAAUGCCAUUUGUGUCAAUUGCAUCAAAACGUGCCAUCAGGGACAUGACGUCGAAUUCAUACGCCAUGACAGAUUUUUCUGCGACUGCGGCGCGGGCACACUGUCGAACCAGUGCCAGCUGCAGGGCGAACCCACGCAGGACACGGACACGCUGUACGACUCCGCCGCACCCAUGGAGUCCCACACGCUCAUGGUCAACUGAGCCCCUUGUCCACUGUCCAGGGUCCGGCAGCUGAACCGAGACGCCGUCACGCUGUACUCUACCUCGGACGAAUUAUUUUUAUUACCUAAAUCUUCACGUUGUACAUGUCAUGUCGUGAGUCGCUAGUAUUUGUAGGGCGCUCUCCGCGCCCCCGAUUCGCAUUCGUGUAAACCUGUUAAAAUAAUUAGGUACUAGUUGAACGAUUGCUGGUAUUUCGACGUUACGCUGUCUGUAUAUGUAGGGGCAUUUUUUUAAUCAUCUGUACUUAAUAAUUAUGUAUUUUGUCGAGUAGUAUCAUGCAUUCCCAAAUUGUAAUCGUACCAUAAUCUCAAAAAUCACAUUGAUAUAUUAGAAUAAUGUUAUUCGUUUUAUAAGAUGUACUGGUAGCAGUGUUUACAUUAUAAUGUCUACUAUAGUUUUGUAAUCAUGAGAAAUAUUAUUUUUAGUGCUCCAUCACUCUAAAUUUUUGAUUGCUUAAUCAAUGUUUUAUACUAUAUUAUUUGUGUUUAGCACUUUGUUUUGAAGCUACCAUUUUUUGUUUCUCAACGAAUAAUGGACGAGUUCAAUAGCAGGGAUGACUGUGUUUUUAAAAUGCCAUGUAAAAUAUGAUACCUUCUAUAGUCCAAAAGUGCUAGAAGAUAGACAGAUAAUGUAUCCUCGUAUUAUUAUUUAGUACCUACCAAGAUUUGGUUCUCGAUCUGGCGACUGCGGACGUCAGGAUAGCGUUUAGUAAUAUUUGCUGUCCACAUUUUUAUUGAAUUGACGACACUUAUUAUAUUUGAUUUGGGGGCAUUUAUACCUCUGCUCUCCUGGCCCGGUGGCGGGAGCUUUGGUUAAUAAAGAUAUGUAAGUAUUGUUUGGGGUACAGCCGCGGUCGCGGCCGGACAGUCGCGGACGCCAGGCGCGGCGCCAUUUUAAUCUCUCCAUUAGGAGUCUGCCUCGCCUAACUAUUUUGGCGCUCCUAGUGCGCUUUGUAAAUAUUUAUGUCACACAAUAAUCGAAACGUAGUAAUUAAUGUAUUUGUAUCAUUAUAUUUUUAUUAUUGAUCACAACAUGUAUGUUUAAUUAUGGUUAGGUCGUCGUAUGCUCAGAGCGGAGCCGCCGCGUUGCGGAGUGCGGGCCGGCCGGGCCCACGCCCGCUAGUGUAUAAUUAGGAUGCAAAUUAAAAGAACGAAUGUGCGUAUUUAAAUGGAAAAGAUCUUAGGUACAAUUGAUAUUUUAUUAUAUUGUUAAUUUAAAUUUGGUAUUGAUAUCGAUCGAGAAGCAAUGUUAGGAACUGGGAAAGGCCGAACGUGAGCGGCUAGAGUGCUGAUAGUGAUAAGUUAGCCGGUAAGCUAUAAUGAAAAUCUAAAUUACUCAGUAAUCACUAUUGCAAAUUUCGAAUUGUUAAAUCGUCUCUCCAUAGCACGGUAUGUUCUGAAUCUGCUUUUUUAUAAUCCUCAAUCUGUGAUCAUCGCUAAAUAUGUAAGUGAAAAUAAUUUAGUUGGUCCCCACUACAGUACUAUGACAUUAUUAUUAUAACAUCAAAAUUAUUGUGGCGCUGAUGCUUUAUAUAAUUGAAUGUGAAAAAUUGUUAUUUAUUGAAUUGUCAGUAUGAUCUUAAUUUAUUGAAUUCAAAUCUGGAUAUUUUGUUUAUACAUGAAGAUACCACUGUAAAAGCCGUGAUAUACAUCAUAUAAUAUUAUAAA